AUGUCAGAUCCAGCUUUCACCCAACAAGUAGCUGAGAAAGCUUCCACCAUCGCUCUUUCUCCAGAGAAGGAAGCAGAGUACGAGAGGAUCACCAGAAGUUUACAGGAAUACACCGGUGGAGAUAUCAUCAGGAAGGUAUUAGCGGAUGGAGAGACGGUGAGAGCGUAUUGGGGAACCGCUACUACCGGUAGACCUCACAUUGCCUACUGCGUGCCUCUGGUGAAGAUAGCAGACUUCUUGACGGCUGGUGUGCAUGUAAAGAUCCUCUUGGCAGAUGUACGUCUCCAUGCCUUCCUUGACGCCUCGAAAUCUACGCUUCAAACCGUUCAAUACCGAGUGAAAUACUAUUCGAUCCUCCUUAAAACUGUGUUCACGGUGCUUGGUGUGCCCAUCGACAAACUUGAAUUUGUGACCGGAACAAGCUACCAGUUGAAAGCGGAUUACACUUUGGAUGUUUACAAAUUCCACGCUCUCACCUCAACAAGGGAAGCUGAACAUGCCGGAGCGGAUGUAGUGAAGGAAUCGGAAUCACCUUUGAUGAGCAGUCUCCUCUACCCUGGUCUUCAAGCAUUAGAUGAACAAUAUCUGGACGUACAUAUGCAGUUUGGUGGUGUAGAUCAGCGAAAAAUCUUCAUGUAUGCUGCUCAUUUUCUACCACGAUUAGGCUACGCCAAACGAGCCCAUUUGAUGAACGCUAUGGUACCUGGAUUAUCAGGAGGUAAAAUGUCGGCAUCCGAUCCUAAAUCUAAGAUUGAUUUCCUCGAUACACCAGCAGACAUCAAAUCAAAGAUCAAGGCUGCCUUAUGUCCACCUGGAGAAGUAGAGAACAAUGGUGUAUUGGCGUUCAUCAAAGCUGCAUUGAUACCUGUUCAAGCGUUGAGAAACGAACAAGCUUCAAACAAGGGUGAAAAAGCACCAGUGGGAGAAGGAAGUUUCGUCAGUGCUGGUGCGCCUGAAGGAACCUUGUUUAGUAUCACUAGACCUGAAAAGUUCGGAGGGGAUGUUCACUUCUCAUCUUAUGAGGAAUUGGAAAAGGCUUAUGUGGCUGAACAAGUUCAUCCUGGAGAUUUGAAAGGUGCUGUGACGGAUGCUCUCAUCAACCUCUUGGCCCCCAUCAGAAAAGCCUUUGAGGAAGAUCAAGAAUGGCAAGAAGUUGAGAAAUUGGCUUAUCCUGACACGUCUGCUGCUCCAGCUGCUGCUGAUAAGAAAGUCAAAAAGAAGGAUGUUAGGAAAUCGGCCCCAACUGAGGAAGAACGAGCAGCUUUACGAGCAGCGAAGGAAAAGGAGAAAGCCGAGAAAGCAGCUGCCAAAGCUACCGCUGAAGGAAACCCAUUGAAGUCUGCCGACCUCCAGAAAUCUUCGCAAGCCGCUGCCGAAGCCUCACCAGCUUCUACCGUCGCCAGUGGAAGCGGUUUGUCAUCUACAUCUUGUGUCACUUCGACCAAUCUACCCAAACUCAAACUACUAGCGAAAGGAAAAGUGAGAGAUAUCUACGCCUUACCUGCGCCCGAAGACCAAGAUAAGUUGUUGUUCGUCGCUACGGAUAGAAUGAGCGCUUUUGAUAUGAUAAUGAACAAUGGCAUUCCAUCAAAGGGCAUCACGCUCACUACCCUCUCCUUAUUCUGGUUUGACAAACUCAAACACAUCAUCCCCAAUCAUGUCCUUACGCCCUCCCCUGCGUCAUGCCUCGCUUCGCCCGCGGAUGCUUGGUCGGAAUUCCCUAGAUCGUUAGAUGAAUACAGAGAUCAGUUAGAGGGUAGAAGUAUGAUUGUAAAGAAAUGUGAGGUCGUCAAGAUCGAAGCUAUCGUCAGAGGUUAUAUCACAGGUUCUGCCUGGUCUGAAUACAAGAAAUCUCAGACUGUCCAUGGUAUCUCUAUGCCAGCAGGAUUAGUCGAAUCUCAAAAACUACCCAAACCACUGUUCACCCCUUCCACCAAGGCUGAUCAAGGUGAACACGAUGAGAACAUCCAUCCUGACAAAGUGAAAGAUAUCUGUGGACCUGAACUUGCCGAACAGAUUGAAAAAGUUGCGAUACAGCUUUACACUGAGGCUUCAGAAUACGCUUUGGAAAGAGGAUUGAUCUUGGCUGAUACCAAAUUCGAAUUUGGUCUAUUACCUGAUCACUCUUCUCCAAACAAAACACAACUUAUAUUGAUAGAUGAGGUCCUUACGCCUGAUUCAUCGAGAUAUUGGUCUUCUUCUGAAUACGUCCAAGGCAAACCGCAAGCUUCGUUCGAUAAGCAAUAUCUUAGAGAUUGGCUCAUCAAAGAAGGUCUUAAAGCGAAAGAAGAUGUAACUUUGCCUUUGCAUGUCGUUAAUGAGACCAAGAAGAAAUAUGAGGAAGCGAGAGAUAGAGUGAUGGGUUUAGGUGAAUUUGGGAAACAUGGCAAGAUUGGCGUCAAAGCUGGAGAUGAAGAUGUGGGGUUGCAGACUGAUCAAGUCGAAGAUGCGAUUCAAGCAGAAGCCAGAGAUAAGGUGACGAGUGGGAAACAUGGUAAAAUUGGAGUGAAAGCUGGAGAUGAGGAUUUGGCGUUGCAGACUGAUCAAGUGGAGGAUGCGAUCCAGUCAGAGGCUAGGAAGUUGUAG